AGGAAAAAAAAAAACCGUUAAACGGAAUAUUCAUAGUUUCAAAAGGCUCCAAGCAGAAAAGAAUCUACAACUAUAAUGCAGCUCGACCUAAUAUAAUGGGAACUUCGACUUCAGGCUUUGGAAACGGAUAGCUGGUUCCAGUCUUGGGAUAUAUUACUACAGCACCAUGAACUGUGGCUUGAUAUAUUACUACACAUGUCCAAGCCAAGGUAAUGGGAAAAAGUGUUCAAAGUUUGAGGUUUGGGCCUUGAACGAAAGGUUGCCUUGAUAGGCCUUAAAGAAGAAAGUCCAGAAGUUUCUACCAAGCCCAGGAAAAUACCAGAAAGCCCUACAGGCUUCGUUGACCAAACAGAAGCGAUUGCGCACGAGAGUGCUAGAAUUCUCCCUGCUCCCUAUAAAGACCCCCUCCAGGCUCGCGUUUAGAUCAUCAGGGACAAUUCUUCAAAGUUGAAGCAGCAUCAGAUUCAUCAAUCAACACUAUAUUCUCGCAUUCUUAGAAACAAUAUGUCGCUAAUUCCAAGCUUCUUUGGCAACCAACGCGGCAGUAUUGUCGAUCCUUUCUCUCUCGAUGUUUGGGAUCCAUUCAAGGACUUUUCGUCACUUUCCACUCGUUUCCCCCAAGAAACCUCUGCUUUUGUCAGCACCCGGAUAGACUGGAGGGAAACCCCGGAGGCUCACGUGUUCAAGGCUGAUCUUCCAGGGCUCAAGAAAGAGGAAGUGAAGGUGGAGAUCGAAGAUAACAGUUUGCUUCAAAUUAGCGGAGAGAGGAAUAUAGAGAAGGAAGACAAGAACGACACCUGGCAUCGUGUGGAACGUAGUAGUGGCAAAUUCUCCAGGAGGUUUAAGCUACCGGAGAACGUCAAAUUGGAGCAGAUUAAGGCUUACAUGGAGAACGGGGUUCUGACUGUUACUGUCCCUAAAGUUGAAGUUAAGAAAGCAGACGUUAAGGCCAUUGAAAUCUCUGGUUGAAACACUUAACAAUGUUGUGUUUGAGAAGAAUGCAAUGGAUUGUCUUGUCUUGUCUACAUAAUAAAUUGUGUGCCUGUAAUGAAUUUCGCUUAUAAAUAAUGAUGUAAUAUCGUUGUUGUGAAUUAAGUAGAGAAUUAUAUCAUCGGAAUUUUGUUUUACGAUUAGCCUUAAAAUAAUAAAGCAAAGUUAAUUGUGUACA